AUGUUUGAUAAAAUCAAAUCAAGGAAGGCUCCGCUUUCUUUGAGUUCUGUUUCAAAUGCAAUUAAAACUCUGGGGACUUCGGAUCUUUCUCCAAAGGAUUUCCAGCCAAAACUGCUCGACCUUUUCACGUCGUUCCAAUUGGGGUUGCCCACUCAUUCUAUAGUGGCUAUUGCUCAUGAUCCAGUUCAAUCCUUACUCGCAGUGUCAACCACCAAGAACGAAAUCCGUGUAUACGGUCAGGGCUCGGUCGAAGUGGUCUUUGAGUUUAAACAAUCUGCGUCUUUGAUGACCCAUCUUUGCUUUGUCAAGGGAAUUUAUUUGGUGGCUGUGCUGCUGUCAAUUGGUGCAAUCACCGUCAUUUCUCUUCAUCUGAAACAAAUCUUGGGAACAUUCCUGGCCCCCGGUGGAGCCAUCACUUCACUCACCCUGGACCCAAGUUUGGAUUGGCUUGUGUUGGGCUUGUCUAAUGGUUCGCUUUUGUUUUAUGAUGUUGAUCGUUUAGCAUUAACUCCGUUUAGAAUUGAUAAUCUACAGAAAAGAAUUUUACCUAAACAGAAAUUAUCCCCUGUUUUAAACGUGGAAUGGCACCCUAGAGAUAUUGGGACGUUAUUGAUCUCUUAUUCUCAUCUGGCCAUUGUCUACUCGAUGGUCACUGGAGAGAUCCAAAGUGCCAUGGUUCGUCAAUUGAAUAAGGGAGACCCGGGAUAUGAAAGGGCUCAAUGGGUGGCGAAUGGUGGGAAAAAGAAACUCUUUGGAUCCUCCAAUCAAAUCGUUCUGGAAAUGACAACUGCUCAUUUCCAUCCCAAUGGGUUACAUGUGGUCACUGCUCAUUUGGAUGGAGUUUUAAAAUUUUGGGAUGUUCAAGGUGCUGUACCCUUGUAUGAGAAGAAUGUUCAAAUCAUUAAUAACGAAUCCUUUGACCCCAUCCAAUUUGAUAUAUGUCCUAUCCAUUCUAUAAAAUGGAUCUGUUCACAAGAUCCAGAGUUAACUCAAUUGGUCUAUACCAUUGGAGCCUCUACCCUCGAGAUAAUAAACUUUGGUUUAACCCUCAAGUACUCACUCACAUCUCAUGAAAAGCAAUCUCAAUUUUAUUCCAAUCCUCAGAAUGGUCGUCAAACCAUUGAAGUUCCCAUGAAUGCUUCCAAUGAGCCAGAAUACAUAGUCAGGAUCGUCCCAUUGGCUGCGGAUAACCUGCCAUAUUUCAACGGUGGAUGGAACCCAUCUAAUUUGAUUUGUCUUACCAAUUUGGGAUCUAUUGUGGUGGUGAAUCCUCAUAAUCCUUCUGCCAACUUGCCAACUUUACCCCCUUCCAUGGGACUUAUCCACCCACCAGUAACCGCCUCUGUCGUGCAACCAGCAAGGAAAAUCGAUUGGUACAGUGUUUGUCUGUCAAGAUCAAAUUAUGCUUCCAAUAUAGAUCGGUCAGUGUUACUUCGUGGUGGUGCACCGGUAGAUAACCCCAAGGCCCCAAAACCAUUGGGUUAUGACGAUACCCUUCGGAACAUCUUGAUCACUGGGCAUGAAAGUGGUAUUGUUCGGUUGUUGGACGUCACUAGAGGUGAACAUCAAGACCCGGAAAAUAUGUUGGAGGUCAAUGUGAAGAAUGUUCUUGGUAAAGCAGUUUCCCGGAAACUGGCCAAAAUAACUCACGUCUCUUGUGCCUUUGAAAGUAAAGAAUUACUAGUAGGUAUGGCCAAUGGACAGGUUGUCAUUUGUAAAUAUGGUAAGGCUCGUGGUGGUGGCGGUGGUGGCUACGGUAGUAGCAGUUCUGGGAAUCCUUCAGACUUUUCAGACUGUCAAACUUUGCACCAAAACGGAGAUGCUUCACUUUUAUCGAUACAACACCGGGUUGCACCUUCUUCCUCAUCUUCAUUCAUCCCAACUGCACUUUUAAAACUUGAAAAUUCAAAUGAUUCAAUUUCAUGUCUCAAAGUCAAUGACACUGGAUUUGCAGCAAUUGCCUAUACAUCCGGAAGAAUCGUAGUCUGUGACAUCACUAGAGGCCCAGCAGUCAUUUUCAAUGCCGAAUCUCUCUCCAAAUUCCUUCCCUCGGUGUCUGGUGUAUGCUACGCCACCACCCUUGAGUUUUCCAUUGUUGAGUAUGGUCAGGAUGGAUACUCUUCCAUUGUAUUGAUGGUUGGAACAUGUUCUGGUGGUAAUCUUCUUAUGUUCAGAAUCGUUCCACAACCGAAUGGAGCCUUUGAGUGUGUGUUUGGCGAUAAAACCAUCGGUCUUAACUACAGAAGUAGCAAUGGUGAUCAGGACCCUACCAAAUCAAAAUUGGAUCAAAUUAUUCCUGUCACUGCUAAGGACGGGGUUUCUGCCGUGGCAGACCUUGGUAUGUUCCAUAAAUUGGCUCUGGGGGUGGUCAUUCCAGCGUAUGUUAUCACCACUUCAGAACGUGACAUUCGUGUGCUCAAGGUUCCUAAGACUAAAUUAUCACACAAGGUGAUAGAUGAUUUGGUAUUGAGAACUGGAGUGGUUCGGUUCCGUCAAGGUGGAGUAUUUCUUGCAGUGUUGGUGAAAACUGGAUUUAUAAAAUUCCUUACAUUACCAGCGUUAAAUGAAAUAUCAGACUUUAAACUCCCUAAAGACAUAUACGUCUCCAUUAGAUCGGCACUUGAGUCUGGUGUAGCAUCUGAUUCCGCCGUUUUACCCAGUGGAGAACUCUUUAUUCGUACCAGUAGCAGUGAAUUCCAAGUGCUUACAGCCUACAUAGAAGAUCAUAGAUUGAGAAGAAAACAUGAACCAUUAUCUGAUCUUUUAUUCAAUGAUACCGCUGUGAUUCCAUUACGUCCAUCUGCUGGGCUGUUACAAUGGGUCAAGGGCCAAACCAAAUACGUCAGUGUGCAAGAUCUCACGUAUUUAAUCGCUGGUCCUAACCGGAAACCUGCAAAGCAUCCAGAAAGUCAAAUGGCUUACAAUAUUUCGCCCGAGGCCAACCCUAACCAAGGAUAUGGUAAUCUUUACGGGGGUGCAGGUGCUGGUGGAUCUGGAGAAAAUGAUCGUGGGUACAAGGAACCAACCAAGAAAUCGUCGGCAGUAGCGGGUGCUGGUGGUUACAAUUUUGGCACCAAGGGCUUUAUGAAAUCUUUACAAGGAGGUAUUGAACAAGUUGAAGAGUCUUUAAACGGUUACGCCAACACAGUCAGUGAAACCAUGACGGAAAGUGUAGAGGGGACUAAAAAGAGCAUGUAUGGAGCAGCAUUUAAAAGUAAAUUUGGAUUUUAA